AUGUGUCAACCAGCCAUUAUCAAAGAGAUCGUCAUUACACCAGUGGCGUUCCAUGACAUGCCUCUGUUGAAUAGCGUUGGGGUGCAUGAGCCAUUUGCGUUGCGCAGUGUGAUUGAGGUUCGUGCGGGCGAUACGUACGGCCUGGGCGAAUCGUAUGGCGACUCGGCACAUAUUGAUCGUCUGAAGGAAGCAGCUGCACGAAUGAAAGGUGUCUCCGUAUACAACACCAAUGCGAUAUACAAAAUAUGCGAGCACAGUUUGGUCGGGGACGCCACUUCGGGAGGUGAUGGUAUGGCAGGCAUGGUCACCACAGCCUCCCUUGCAGACAAAGUGUUCUCACCUUUUGAAGUUGCCUGUCUCGACAUACAAGGCAAGCUGGCAGGUGUACCCGUGAGUGAACUGCUCGGUGGCCGUGUCAGAGAUACUGUUCAAUACUCAGCAUAUCUCUUCUACAAGUGGGCAGGCCAUCCUGGUCAGGAUGAGGAUGAGUAUGGGCAAGCUUUGAACUCGAGUGAUAUUGUGAGCCAAGCCAGGAGGAUUAUCAACGAGUAUGGCUUCAAAGCGAUCAAGUUGAAAGGGGGCGUGUAUCCACCAGCCCAAGAGGUCGAGGCUAUCAAAGCCCUGCAUGCCGCGUUUCCAAAUACCCCUUUGCGACUUGACCCCAAUGCGGCCUGGACCGUUGAAACCUCCAAAUGGGUUGCCAAGGAGUUGGAUGGUAUCUUGGAAUACUUGGAGGACCCAACUCCAGGUAUCGAAGGCAUGGCUGCGGUAGCCGCAGAGGCCUCUAUGCCAUUGGCAACCAACAUGGCGGUGGUUGCGUUUGACCAGCUCCCUGCCUCCAUCAGACAGAAUGCAGUCCAGGUGAUCUUAUCUGAUCAUCACUUCUGGGGUGGUCUCCGCAAGUCCCAAACAUUAGCAGCCAUCUGUGCGACCUGGAAGAUGCGACUCUCGAUGCAUUCCAAUAGCCACUUAGGUAUCUCGCUCGCUGCGAUGACACAUCUUGCCUCCGCCACUCCCAACCUUGACUAUGCGUGUGACACCCAUUGGCCAUGGAAGCAACAGGAUGAGGAUGUGAUUGCUCGUGAUGCUCUGAAGUGGGCUGAUGGUGGGGUGGUUGUGCCAACUGCACCAGGACUGGGUGUCGAACUGGACAGAGAGAAACUGGCACGGCUCCAUCAGCAGUAUCUUGACUGCGGAAUAAAGGAGAGAAACGAUACUAAGUAUAUGAAGGCCUCACAUCCCGAAUUUUCAUCGCACAUUCCCAAAUGGUGA